AACGCGGAUCUGCCCCGGCAGAUUCUCCCUGUUCUUGCCUGGGAUCUGCCGAAGGAGCGACUCCCCCUCUCUGCUGUUCCACCACCAGCUCUCCCAGGCUUCCCUGGAGAAAGAAACCAAGAUGCUCCUUAAGCAAAGGAACCCUGCCCAGGACACCUGAUGGAGCAGCGUGGAUGAGGGAUCCCCACUGAAGGACGAGCCAUGCAGUAGGAGCCAGCACAACCCACGGAAGAGCAGGAGCCAGUGCUGCAGGAGGGACGGGACAUGUGGAGCCUCAGCUGCCUCCUCUGGGGACUCCUCCUCAUCCUCAGCACCACCAGCAUGGAGGGCUUUGCCCACGCAGGGGGCAUCCGUUUCAGGAAUGCAAAAGUCUCAGAAAGGAAAAAUCCACCCAGAAAGCGCAGGGUGUGCUCAGCCACGGCGCCGCCGCGCCGCCCCGGUGCCCACGCCGAGUCCCACGUGCAGCCCGUGUACCAGCCCUACCUCACCACCUGCCAGGGCCACCGCCUCUGCAGCACCUACAGGACCAUCUACAGGGUUGUCUACAGGCAGAGCUACAGGCAGCUGGCCCAGCCCAUGGCCUCGUGCUGUCCUGGCUGGAGCAGAGCAAACGGCCACACGCUGGGCUGUAACAGAGCUCUGUGCUGGGAGCCGUGCCAGAACGGCGGGAGCUGCGCCUUCCCCGGGAGAUGCUCCUGCCCCCCCGGCUGGACGGGGCAAGCCUGCCAGACAGACGUGGAUGAAUGUGCCAGCCAGAGCCACGGGUGCAGCCAGCUCUGCAUCAACACGGCCGGGAGCUUCCACUGCGCCUGCCGGGACGGCUUCAGCCUUGCUGCCGAUGACAAGGGCUGCCAGCCCCUGGUGCCAGCGCCAGACACCUCCAGCCAAGCAGGUCCCUCCAGUGAAAUGAAGGAAGAAAUGAAGGACCUGAGGAGCAGAGUGGAAGCGCUGGAGCAGAAGCUCCAGCUGGUGCUGGCCCCCUUCCACAACCUGAUGCCACCAGAGGAUGUCGGUGCAGACCCCAUCAGCCGCCUGUCCCACUCCCUCCAGCAGCUGGACAGGAUUGACUCCCUGAGCGAGCAGAUCUCUUUCCUGGAGGAGCGGCUGGAGACGUGUUCUUGCAAGAAUGAACUCUAGCAGAGUGCCUGGGGACCUGGAGCAAGCUGAGUGCAUCCACAGCUCUUAUCUCCCUCUCCAGCCCCAGGCUGGGGAUGAAGCCACACCAUCACAGGAAGGCACAGGGUGGCAGGAGAAGGUUGGGCUCCCAACAGCAUCUCCAUCGUUCUCUCUUCCAGCUCACCUCACCAAAGGCCAUGCAGUUCCUUCCAAACUGGACUCUGAGCCCUCUCCCUGCUGGAGAGGCAGCAAAUAAAUGCCUUACCUUGUGCCAUGA